AUGGACAAACAAAAAUCGACAACAACUGCUGCUGGUGGACUAUCAACAAAGGCUAUCACCACCAAUCAUGCUGCUGUGCUAUCCCAACCUAUUCGCCGAGUUCUUCAAAGUUUUCUUCUGAUCUGGCUUGAUGCCAAUUUCGAUGAAUCCAAAGAUCAUUAUAACAAGUCAAUACAAGAUCUACAACAUAUUGUAGCAACAAUCAAAACAUUUACAGAUGUUGAUCAAUGUGUUGAUUUUCUCAGUGACAUUGAAGAUGAAAAAGUAUUCAUGAUUGUGUCUAAUGCACUGGGACAACAUAUCGUACCAGAAAUCCAAGCAUUGCCACAAUUACACUCAAUUUAUGUUUUCUGUGACAAUCAAUCGAUUAAUCAACAAUGGGUCACAAUAAUACCUAAAAUAAAAGGUGUAUACACACAAAUUGAACCAAUUUGUGAAGCAUUAAAAAUCGAUUGUGAACAUUGUGAUCGAGGUAUGAUCUCGGUCAGUUUUAAUGGUCUCGAUCCAUUAUUUAUGUAUACGCAAUUUUUAAAAGAGGCACUUUUGGAAAUCGAAGAUGACGAUACAAAAUCUAUUAAGGAACUCGUUGAAUACUGUCGUCUUCACAGUGAUGCUUCCGAAAUAACACUCGAAAAGAUCGAGCGAGAAUAUCGUGAUCAUAAACCAAUUUCGUGGUACACGGGACCAUAUUUUAUCUACUCAAUGCUCAAUCGUGGUCUUCGACUAAUGGAUGUUGAUGUUAUACUAAAAAUGGGCUUUUUUAUUCGCCAUCUACAUCAACAUAAGAAUUGGUCAAAAACUACAUAA